AGGACGCGUUGCGCGGCCCGGGCCGGAAGUCCUCGAAUUCCCGGGUGUGUGUCUGUGUCUGUGUCUCGCGGCGGUGCCGCGGCGGUCAAGCGCUUUGGGGUCCGCGUCUGAGGCGUCACUGCUGUCACUGCCGCCACCAUACCGAAUCACUUCUAGAGGGACGGAGACCCGGCCCUUCGCCGGGUGGAGAAGAUGUUGCCCCUGUCCAUCAAGGAUGAUGAAUACAAACCACCCAAGUUCAAUCUGUUCGGCAAGAUCUCAGGCUGGUUUAGGUCCAUCCUGUCGGACAAGACAUCCCGGAACCUGUUCUUCUUCCUGUGCCUGAACCUCUCUUUCGCUUUUGUGGAACUACUCUACGGCAUCUGGAGCAACUGCCUAGGCUUGAUCUCCGACUCUUUCCACAUGUUUUUUGAUAGUACUGCCAUAUUGGCCGGAUUGGCAGCUUCUGUUAUUUCCAAGUGGAGAGAUAAUGAUGCUUUCUCUUAUGGGUAUGUUAGAGCAGAAGUCCUGGCUGGCUUUGUCAAUGGGCUGUUUUUGAUCUUCACUGCUUUCUUUAUUUUCUCAGAAGGAGUUGAGAGAGCAUUGGCUCCUCCAGAUGUACACCACGAGAGACUGCUGCUUGUUUCAAUUCUUGGAUUUGUGGUAAACCUAGUAGGAAUAUUUGUUUUCAAUCAUGGAGGUCACGGACAUUCUCAUGGCUCUGGCCAUGGACACAGUCAUUCCCUCUUUAAUGGUGCUCUAGAUCACAGCCAUGGCCACGACGAUCAUUGCCAUAGUCACGAAGCCAAACAUGGAGCUGCACACAGCCAUGACCAUGACCAUGCUCAUGGACAUGGGCACUUGCAUUCCCACGAUGGCCCGUCCUUCAAAGCAACAGCAGGACCCAGCAGACAGAUUUUACAAGGUGUAUUUUUACACAUUCUCGCAGAUACACUUGGGAGUAUUGGUGUAAUUGCCUCUGCCAUCAUGAUGCAAAAUUUUGGGUUGAUGAUAGCAGAUCCUAUCUGUUCGAUUCUUAUAGCCAUUCUUAUAGUUGUAAGUGUUAUUCCACUUUUAAGAGAGUCUAUUGGAAUAUUAAUGCAAAGAACUCCUCCCUCGUUGGAAAAUACACUUCCCCAGUGCUAUCAGAGGGUGCAACAGUUACAAGGAGUUUACAACUUGCAAGAACAGCACUUUUGGACACUCUGUUCUGAUGUUUACGUCGGAACCUUGAAGCUCGUAGUAGCCCCUGAUGCUGACGCCAGGUGGAUCUUAAGCCAAACACAUAAUAUUUUUACUCAGGCUGGAGUGAGACAGCUUUAUGUACAGAUUGACUUUGCGGCAAUGUAGUCAAAGAAAGGAAACUGACUGAGGACCAAACUUUCUCAGUACUGUGCAAUCCAAAGCAUUGUACUACCCAGUGCUCUGAAACAGAGACGUGACCACUACAGCUCGGAAGCACCAAGUAUGCAGGUAGAGUCGCCGUGUGCUCGGGGUCACAGCCGGAUCCUGCCCAGACUGUUGCCUGUGUGCUUUUGCCUUCAAGACAUCCUGACUGCUGAGGUUUCUGGGUUCCUUCUAGGGUACUGGGUUAUCUUUCUCCCCUAGGGGUUCUUGCUGAUCACCUUCACCCCAUCCUUAUCAUCCCACCCAGCCAGUGAGAAAUUCAGACUGUGGGCCUUCAACCUUCUGAAUGUCUUCACUAAAGCUGCUGGAAACCACUACGUUCAUUCCCAUAAAACCAGUGUUGUUUUUACAAAAAGAAGUCUGUUUUCUCUGUGAUGUCACAGUCGUUGACGUUCUUCAGUGUAAUCAUACAUUUGUAAAAAUUGUUUGUACCUUGCAAACUUACAAACCAAACCAUAUUGGGUUUUCAAAGUGCCUUUGUACCAGAAAUGGAUUUGCCAGCAUAGAAACUUACCAUCAGAGGUCAUGUGUAUGUUUUAAAUGGCUGUUCUGUAAUUUGUACAAAAUAAGACUUGCUAGUAACAUACAUAAUUGUCUUUGUGUAUUUCCAACAUAGAUUUAAAUAUAUUAAAUUUUGGGUCUUGUGAAAAAUGGCAUUAUUUUGCUUUAUAAAAAAUCCAGUUAUCACAUUAAGUUACUUUGUAGCCUAUUUUCAAAAAUGCAAAUACAUUAGAAAAACUUAUUUAGACCUAAACCAUCUGCUCCAUCACCCAGUUCUAUAUAAGCCUUCACCUAUCCAUGGUCUGUUUUCUAGUGGCUCUCCUUGGCCAUGUUUAGAUUCUGUUCAUGACAAGAAAAAGCACCUUGGGAUGUCAGAAAGAGUGGUGCCAGUGCCGUCUUAUGGCUUUACUCUCUUGGACCUAGGACAGUGCAGCUCUCUAAGUUUGUUUACACAAAUACAAAUUACUUCCAAGAAGUCUAGGACAGCAUUCAACUGAGGAUGAACUGUUAUCACAACAGAGCAAUUUGGUGGCAAAGAAUUCUUUCUCACAUGGGUGUCUUACAAUGGUUGAUUUUCCAGGGUCCUGAGUAUAUGAGAAAUAUAAUUGUGACGGGCAUGGUGAUUCACACUUUUAACUCCGGCACUCAGGAGGCAGAGUCACGGGAUCUCUGUGAGUUCAAGGCUACCCUCAUCUACAUAGUGAGUUCCAGGACAGCCAGGGCUACACACAGACCCUGUUAUGAAUUACAAAUAAAUUGCACUUUGAGAUGACAGGUGCUUAACACUCAUGUAUUCUUGGUGUUUUCUGAGGGUAAGCAAUUUGGGUGAACAUUUUCACAUUGUAGUUCACAUAUCCCAAUAAAUAUUUACUUUUGUUUAAGUAAAAUUGAUAUUGUUAAUAAAAAUUUAAAAACCUUGCCGUGCAAAAAUAUUAAGAGUAUAGAUCAAUGACAGGCACUUUACCAAUAAGGUGGCAGAAUUUACGGUUGAUGAGUUUUCAAGUACCUUCCUCCUAUUUCUCAGCUACAGUUUAUGCAUUAGGAGAGCUGUACAGCGCUCAGCAUCAGUAAAACACCAUACGAUGUCUGUGGCGCCCUUUUUGUAAAUCAAGCGGUAAUUUCAAAUCCUAUUUGCUUUCUGUCAGGCAAUUCUAACGCUAAAGUUCCCUGUAGUAGUUUGUGUUUGAUUGAAACAAGUGCUGUAGUCUUUCAGGAGGGCAAGUGCAAAUGGACACGUCCUGAUGCUCUCCUCCUCCUCCUUCAUUUCCCUUCUGAUACACCCCAGGAUAGACUGUGGCUUGGAGCAUACUGCUGAAAUGAAGAUCUAGAUGAAGGCAGAGCCUCUAGAUGUGAGGGAACCAUUAUAAGCCAAACCCAGCAGCUCUUGACAUUGUGUGUGUGGAGUCAAGUUUGCUGUCUCUGAAAUUUACCAAAUCUGCUUUCCACUGGGCCCUUAGUUCUAAGUGAAGUUUUUGUCAAAUUGUGUCAUUUUGUUUAAUGAGGCCCUCAGUACACAAAUCCAUGAAUGUUGCUGGUUCCUUUAAUGAGGCCUAGACUAUGUUUGAUGUGAAACUAAUUUUGCACUUUGUUCCAGGAGCUUGCCAUUUACCAGGUUGGCUUUGACAUUUUUUGCUUAAUUAAAUGUUAGCAUACCUGUGUGUAUUUUUUUUUUUAAAAAAAAAAAAGAAUGUGAACAGAAAUACUUUUCACAGGGGAAAGAAAGCUUGUCUUUUAGUAUUCUCGAUACAGAUGUAUUACUAGCAGGUGGUUUUACUAAGAAAUACUGUCUGGUUGUAGUAAUAAAAUAAAUUUCAAAUACUCUUAACAUUAGGUUGAUAUUAUUACCAAACAAAAAGCCAAUCUGAGUGUACAGUUGCCAGUCUGUGAAUAACCAAAGUCAUUUUUUUUUUCCUCUGAAUAACAAACCUACAUUGUUCAGGGAAAGUUUACCUUACCAGAUAAACAUCCCCAACUAGGUGUAUUUUUAACAAUCCAUUGUAGUACUUGAUGAAGAACUUGACCUCAGUCCAGCUUCCUCCUUUCGAAGCCUCCCUGUCUGUCUUUCUGAGGGACAGUAUCUAGUAUGUGUAGCCUAAGAACAUGGCCACAGAUGUCAUUUUGAUUUCUCCUUAUCUAGAUACUUCAAAGCCUACACAUAUGUACCAGGAACCAAAAUACUGUGACGUCAGUGUGCCUCUGUAGAGCAGCCAAGUCACUAACCCCCAGUGUCACUGAUCAGAACCCUCAUGAUCUUACAGAUGGUGGCAUGGGGACCAACCUGGGGUAGAAUGCUGGGGUUCAAGAGGACCACAACAUUGUUAAGAUAGAACUCCACACCUAAGCAAAGACCGCGGGAACACUCUGCUUCUACCUCUCAAUUUCAGAUGAGAGACCUGAAGUCCAGAGAAACUGUCAUUUCCGUAAGAUUACAGGGAUCAGUGGUGGCAAAGCCAAGGCCCAAAUGUGAUCAUCCAGUCGAGAGUUCUUUACACUGUACUGUGCUGCUCCCCUGUGUGACAUUGCCGUUCUGUAAGUGUGACUAAAGAUGGCUUGUAAAUAAAGAACUCUGACCUCUAGUUUUGGUUCAUUAAGGCACUUUAUAUAUGCAAUGUUGUCUCAUUUCUUGUGUAUAAGUAUAGAUUAUUUCCAAAGUAUCUGUUGUGGAAUUAUAGUAAUUAAUUUUUAUUCUUCCCAAACCAGUUCUUAACUUGAAAAAAGAAAAAAAAAAUGUUCUCUAGAUAUGUUGAACUUGGGAGUAAAUUUUUAUUAAUCGCCUAUGCUCAGUCCAUUUAAUGCUGGCUUCCUUAACUAAUUUUGCUUAGAUGCUGUAACCUGGUUCCUUCUGGAUACCAGGCUGGUUCACAAGUCAUGCCAUUUCAUACUCUUUUUCAGUCACUGGACAGUUUUUGUACUUUAAAAUUUUUUCAGAGCUGUGUGCAGUGAGGCAGUAAGUGUAUGGAACUUGUCUUUUACUUCAGUCGGGUAAAUUUUUUAAAUUGCAGUCAGAACUGCAAAUGCUAGGCCACUGCUUUUGACUCUUUGUAAAUGCAUUACCUUGGCCAAGUUAAGCUUUUUUUGUUUUCCCCGUAAAAUGUCGCCGUUGUUGAAACACAUAUUCCAAUUCGUAAGAAUGUCAGCAUGCAGGGGGAGUUCUUUUAUUCUCUGAAGAACAUUGAUUUAAAGUUCCAUGAAACCGUCUCAAGAUGUGGUUUCCAGAGGCCACCUUAAUGAUUCAGAUCUAACAUAGAGUAAAGACAAAGAGUGAAAGAUUGUGUAUCACCAAGUGUUUGCAGACAUGUAACCGAGGUGUAGCAGCUCCAUUGAAAGGUCAAAUAGGUGGGGCUUUAUCCACGAACUCAUCAUUUUCUAACUGCAGGAAACCAGGUAGGUCUCCUGCUCCAAGUAUUUAUGUAUCCAGGUACUUAGUGGCUUGGCUCACUUUCCCACUCACAUUUUUAUAAUGAGAUGAUUUUGAAUGAUUUUAUGAUUGGCAGCAUCUUAUAAUCCAGUUUGUGAUACUUAUAGCAUGAGGAAGAUCUAGAGAAAGCCUGGUACAGCAGCAGUUCAGUCUGGUACAGUCGUCAGUUCUUUCCUGACGACUGUGUUUUUAAAAGCCGGUCAGCAACACUUUGAAGAUCCAAGAAGCUGUAGCUGCUCUGGGUAGACUCCUGGAAAAUCAGUGGACAGUAGUGAUGCCAUUGCUAUGCGGAUAUUUACAAACUGCCUCCAGCCUGUUUCUUCCUGUGCUCUAAGAUGUUUGCUUUGUGACUUGGUCACGGAUCCAAACCCAUGCUGGGGGAAAUGGCACUGGAGCGCCUUACAUCCCUCUUAAAGGCAAUUAGGAGAAAGUUUCAAUGGAAGUCAUGGCGUGACGCGAAAGACAGCAUCCUCUGCGCCAGCAUGAAGAGCAGGGUGCCUGCCCUCAAGACCAUGGAUGGGGACUCGUCUGCCAAGAAGCGCAGAUGGAUGUUCAGGUUUAAGUAGUGUCUGAUUUACAACACUGUGUUUUACUUAAAACCUUGUCAGUAGCAGAAAUCUAAUUCAUAAGUAGAAGCCUGUGCCUUCCCAAGUUUUGAAGAUGAAUUUGUAAUUCUGAUUAUGAUAUUGGAAAGCAUGGGAAGCAAAAACAAUGGUUACAUAUGCUUUUAUACCCCAACUCACUGGGUCACGUUCACAUGCUCAUGAAAGAGAUCCAGGAACCCUGGGUAGAGAGUAGCAGACACAGACUGACCCUGGAACUCACUCACUGCAGGAAGCAUCUCUGCAGUUCUGGUUUUUCUGUACAGAGCAGAUUUCUGUUCACUCUGUCCUUUCUCCUCAGGUACUGAGUUACUCCAUCUGUUUCCACUUUUCCUGUUGUUGGGAUUUGGCACAACCGAGCCUUUGCGCUGUGGCCUUCUGGACUAUGGGUAGCUAUGCUUUGAAUUGUUUGGUGGAGAAUUGCCAUAUUGCUUUUUCUUUAAAGACUAUCUACUCUCCCUGAAUAUUUUGUCAUUCAAAACUCUUUCAGAGGUAUUUCUUGAAGGUGCUUCUAAUGAACACACCAUGGGUGUUAUGUGAUUUAAAUGCCCCUCAAAUACACUUACCUUUUUUUGUCUUCUUUCCCUUCAAAUACUUUUUCUAUACGUUUUCUCCCCUAAUUUGGAAACAAUGUGACUGAAAUUUUUUCCCAAUCCCAUCUUCCUGAACCCCCGCUCAGCACUUCCCUUCCCUGCCUGUAACGGUAAUGGCCAAUUCUGGACUUGGGGUUGAUCCUUUGGUAAAGAUGAUGCAUCAGAAACAUUUCUCAAAAUGUUUACAUACCAGGCUAGGUAGGAAUGUCACGUGUAAGAGUUGGGUGAUGUGAAAAUGCUGCCGUGAACAAUUAUGACUCGCCCGUGUGCACUACGGUAGACCUACGAUCUAUCUUUCACCCUUUAUACUUGCACAUAAUGUGCAAGUUGACAUAAUGUGUUUUGUUUAAACGCAGUGUAUUUCAAAAUGAUCAUAAACAGCUGUAUUGAAAGUUUGUUUUCAAUUAAAUUUCUGUGUAAAAUUUU